AUGUCUUCUCGCUCCACUGGAAGUUACGACGAAAUAUCACAAUACAUUCAACGCCUUCGCGAAGAACGACGACUAACAGAAGCAUCAAUUCGUAAAAUGGAAAAGGAGAAGAGCGAGUUGAAUGAGAAAAUCGAUGAGUUGACGACAAGAAGAAACUCCACCGACGCACGUCUUCAGGCAGAGCACGAAAGAGCCGAAAGGCAAGAUAAAGGGUUGAAAGAGGCCGAAAACACGUACGCAAAACUGCUCGAAUCGCAGAAGAUGUUGGUCGACUUCGUGCGCAAGGAAUAUCAGGACACGAAACAUCAAAAAUACUGA